CAAAGAGCCAUGGUUGGUCCAUAUGGCGUUUCAAAACAUUUGCAGCGUCGAAUGAAAUUCGCAAGCUGUGAAUGAAUGCGAAAGAGCCGGUGUUCCUUUAACAUGAUAGACUGUCUUGGAUGUUAAGGUAUCGUCGUGUCAUGUCGUCCCUCGUACAGAUAGACGGCAGUUUGGGCGAAGGUGGUGGACAAGUGCUAAGGAUCGCGUUGACUCUGAGCACACUGUAUGGUAUUCCUAUUGAGAUCACAAACAUACGUGCUGGAAGGCCUAAACCUGGCCUAGCUGCGCAACAUUUGCAAUGUGUGGAAAUUGCUAAACAAAUGUGCAAUGCUGAGGUAAUAGGUGGAUACAAAGGAUCCACACGUUUGGAAUACCAUCCUGGUCCACUGGUUAAGCAUAAGAAGGUGUUUGAGGCUGACACGAAAACCGCCGGAUGUAUUUGCUUAUUGGCUCAAGUAGCUCUGCCUUGUGUUCUCUUCUUGCCAUGUGACGAGCCGGUCAAUAUUGUCCUCAAGGGUGGCACAAACGUGCCGAUGGGACCGCAAAUAGAGUAUCUGACGGAUGUGUUCCGACCGAUGCUGAAGAGAUUCGGAGCAGACUUUCAUGAUACGAUCCACAAGAGGGGAUUUUAUCCGAAGGGCGGUGGCGAAGUAUCGUUGCAAGUAUCGCCGAUCCGUAACUUAAAUGCGGUUACUUUAGUCGAUCCGGGAGUACCGCAGAAAAUAGGAGGAUCGUCUUUCGUCUCCGGUGCCGUUCAUAUCAAUGCGGCGCGUAAGAUGGCGAACGACGCUAAAACGGCUCUAACGAAUGCACUGACUGAAAACAACAUGCGGGUGCCACCGAUCAACAUUCAGAGUGUCAAGGAAUACGCGAAAGCUGGAAACGCGUCUGGCAUCAACAUAGUGUGCGUCACCAGCACCAAUUGCAAUUUCGGUGGAUCCGGGUUGGACUCCGGCCCCCGAGAUGCACGGUCGUCGGGUGAAAUGGCGGCCAAGGAGAUCCUGAAGCCGCUCUUAGCCGGCGCCUGCGUCGACGAGCGCAUGCAAGACCAAAUGAUCAUUCUGAUGACGCUAGCGAAAGGUGUCUCGAAGAUCAAGGUCGGCGAUAAGCAGCUCACUUCCCACACGGAUACCGCCAUACGGGUCGCGGAAAUGAUGUUGGCCGACCGCGGGCUUCGUUUCGACCUCUCGGAGAGCACCGACGACAGGGGCGCUUCAUCCUACGUUCUGGAGUGCCAAGGAUGCGGACUGUUCAGCGAGAAUUCGUCCGUACCAAAACCGCACGAGAGCGCACUUCAGACGCCGAAACGUCCGCGGUUUUCCGAUUCUCUCGACGCGAGCGAUCAAUAGUCGCGUUCACGUCCACACUUAUAACGUUCUCUCUCUCUCUCUCUCUCUCUCUGUGUGUGAAUUCUCAAUGUUAAGUCGAGGAUCUCCGAGCACGAGAGCAUCGCGAAGUCGUUCGAGCAACACAAUAAUAAAAUAACAGAUAAUAAUUA